AUGGAUAAACAAAACCCUGAAGUCGACAUGGUGGAGGGCCACGAUCAUGGGGACGAGAAGUCCCAAGGGCCUUUCCACGAGGCCCUCGGUCCCAUGCGUGCGAAGAGUGAUGAUCUCAGCGUGUGGGCCACUAUGCGACUGUACAAAGUAGCUGGUAUCAUCGCCAUGGCCGGUGCUUUCAGCGCAUCACUUGACGGAUAUCAAAUCAACUUGAAUGGUGGCAUUGUCUCGAACAAGGGUUUCAUCAAACAAAUGGCUGGUGGCGGCAAAAAGAUCAUUGCAGGCAGAUACAUUUCGGCGUGGGGAGGAAUCCAAUCAGCAGGGCAAACUAUUGGUCAGCUUCUCAUCCAGUACGUCACCGAGGCAUACGGUCGUAAGGUUUCUCUCUUGAUCAUCUUGGCUAUGUUCAUCACGAGCGUGAUGACCGAAUCUUUCGCAAACAACUGGCAGCAUUGGCUCGUUGCUAAGCUCCUGUCGGGCAUGGGAGUUGGCAUGCUCCAGUGUACCAUGCCACUUUACCUGGCCGAAGUUGCCCCAACCCAGCUUAGGGGUGUUUUCAUCAACGCUUAUACUUUCUGGUUCGUUCUCGGGCAGUUAUUCGCCUCGGUUGCUCUUUACGAGCUUAAGGCCGCCGACCCCACCGACUACAAAACACCCAUCUACACGCAGUGGGCCAUGGUGGGAGUUGCUGGAAUCAUCUUCAUUCUCCUGCCAGAGUCGCCUUGGUGGCUCGUCAGCAAGGGCAGGUUCGAGAAGGCCUCCAAGUCGCUUCAGGUCUUGAACCGAGGUGUCGAAGCUUUCGAUGUUCAAGAACAUAUUAACGUCAUGAACGCUACCAUUCAGAUGGAGAACGAUUUGGCGGCGAAGAAUAAAGAAGAGGACAUGUGGGAGGUCUUCCGCGGUCGCAAUCUGAUUCGCUUCAUUAUCUGUUCCUGGCCCAAGGUGACGCAACAAUUUGUUGGCUUGGCCGUUUUCAACACCUAUGCAACCUACUUCUUCCAAUAUGCCGGCAACAAGAAUCCCUUCCUCGUGACGGUCAUCCUGUCCAGUGUCCAGCUGCUCUCCAUGAUCCUCACAUCCACUCUCACUGAUCAGCUUGGUCGACGCCCUCUCACCGUCUACCCCUAUGCGGUCACGGUUCUUUCAGUCUUGUCCCUAGGCAUUAUUGGUUGCUUUGAUUACACCGACAAGACCUUGAGUUCGCUUCUCAUCUUCUUCGCCUGUUUGGCUACCUUCUCCACCACUGGUGCUUCAUCCAUCGGAUAUGCGUACGCCGCCGAAAUGCCUCAGCAGCGCCUUCGAGCCCGGACCUCCGCAUGGGCCCUUGCAGCUUCUAACGCCAUCUCGGUCAUGUUCAGCUUCACUACUCCAAUCAUGAUCAAUGGAGACAAUACCCACUGGGGCGUCAAAACCGCCUUCUUCUUCGCCGGCACCGGCACUGUCGCCGUGGCUAUUGCCUGGCUGAUCCUUCCCGAGGUCGCACGCCGAACACCUGCCGAAAUUGACGAACUCUUCGAGAAACGUGUACCGCUUCGGAAGUUCAAGGGUUACGUCACGGAAGUCGAGAUGCACGCCAACGAGGUUCGGCAGUCGACAAAGAUCAGCGACAUGAAUAUCUAA